CCGACAGAGGUGCUAGUCAGAUUGGUGGGGCCUUGUUGCUAGUUCAGUAUUGGGCAUGGGUCAGAUUCCCUUUUUUGUGCCCAAGGAUGGACCUCCCACCAGAUGGUGCAUAUGGCCCACCAUUUGCACCUUCUCCAUUGUCUAUUAAGACUGUGUGGGUUGUGAGCACCUUGAAUAGCCCCGCUGAAAUCUGUCUGGUCCGGUACCGUCAGCUUUUAGAUUGUAUGCAUCCAAAGCAGGUGGUGUGGCAACCAUAUGAAGCUGAAUUAGCCCACCUGCCUGCGUUUUGUGUCGCCGGAAGGGAUGUAUGGACGGCGAGGGUACCGCUUGUAUGUUUCUGGCUAGUAGAGAAACAUACACCGGACCGUGUUGUUCGUCAGUUCGGGAUGGUACAAGAACCCCCCCCAUAUGUUGAUACUGACGAAGCCCUUCAUGCCAUAGACCUGAGGGGGAAGAUGGAGGUGAAUUGGAGGGACAGACAUUAUGGCCAUAUCCGAGUAUGGAAUACUCGAGCACGAUCUCUAUGUCCUGGAGCAUGACUAGAGGGUGAUAUGUCGCCUGCUCAUCCAUACUUUGAUUGGUACGAUAGGGUGACUUGGAGGUUCGUCGACCACACUUCGGCUUCACUUAUUAUUAUGGUUGCCAGUCACAAGAAGUUGUUGAAACUUUAUACAGUAGGCAGUCCUGAGUACAAGCAUAUUUCAGCUGUACUUAAGACAGUGGAACGCCUUCACCGUAUAACUGCUCGACUUCCGUUGGAAGAUAUCGAUGAGGCAAAUCCAGAAGCGCCAGAAGAUACUGGACGACCAAGCACGAGCUCAACUCGUGCCAGCCAUAGCCAUGGUCAGCGUGCUGCAUCCCAUCAGGUUGUCAGUAGGGCAGAUCUCCCUCCACCCCCACGUGCAUCUCCUGCCCCAGAGUUCCCUCCACCUCCACAUGCAUCUCCUUCCCCAGAGAUCCCUCCACAUACUGCUCAUGCAGUUUCUGACCUAGAGAUCUCUCUACCCACUGCUCAUGCAUCUUUUCACCCCGAGAUCCCUUCACACACCUCACAUACAUUUUUUGAUCCUGCUCAUCUUUCAUUUACUCCACCAUCCUUUGAUCUCGGCCCUGAUUUCAGUCAAACCCCUCCUGUCAUGCACACGCAAUCCCCAUCGUACAGCAUUGGUCAUAUAGACCAUGUACCGCCCCAUAGUCACUCCAUGUCAUUCAUGCCCACUCCUAGACUGCAUAUAGAUCCCAUGAGUACGGGCACUCACAUUUCAUUUGCUGCACCCUCCUCCCCCGCAGUUGUAGGAUCUUCAGUUGUUGGGAGUCAAGCAAAACAGCCAGCUGUGCAUGUUGAGAAUGAGCAGGUUGUUGGGUUACAGUCACCCCUACCAGGUCGACCUAAACGUACAAUAAAAGCACCUCCUUGUGGGACAGGUGGUCACAAAGCAGGACACAACACUGGCCCCACGCAACGUGAGGAGCCUCACGAAGGAGAUGCAGUACCCCCUCCCCCACAUACCAGACACUAUACGAGACAGCAUAAGCGUAAAAUGCAUUAGGAUUAGCAUCCCAUAGAGGUUCUCUCUCU